AAGUUUCUACCAAGAUACUUAUGUGCUCACACAAUCUUCGUUAUACUUUUUGAGUUAGAAAAUGGAAAAACUAGAUAAUUUCAGAAUAUUGAACCAAUUAAACUCGAGUUGAACGAAAAGGGCUGACACGCUGAAAUACACGCUCGAAUCGUUUGCGUUUAUUAUGAAUCAGUGUUGCAAACUUGCCUUGAAUCGGGGGGAGUUAGGGGUUAGUGUAUCAAGAUGGCUGACUCUAACGAAAAGUUGCUGGCCGAGCUCCUGAAAAAGUCUGGAAAUAACGUGUGCGCCGAUUGCGGAGCAAAGUACCCAGAAUGGGCGUCAUACAAUAUUGGAAUAUUUGUCUGCACAAGAUGUGCAGGUGUUCACCGGUCUAUGGGAGCACAUAUAUCGAAAGUAAAACAUUUGAAAUUGGAUAGAUGGGAAGAUUCUCAAGUAACUCGUGUCAGAGAAGUUGGAAACACCGCUGCACGUCUUCAGUAUGAAGAACGGGUGCCUUCUUGUUAUCGAAGACCUAAUCAGGAUGCUCCUCAAGUUUUAGUUGAACAAUGGAUCAGAGCAAAAUAUGAGCGAGAAGAGUUUUGCCAUCCAGAACGACAAAAUCACUAUGUUGCUGGUUUCAUGGAAGGAUUCCUGAUGAAACGAGGGAAAGAAGAUUCUAAAUAUCAUCCUCGGAAAUUUGUUCUUUCCGAAGCUGACGAUACGCUAAAAUAUCAUGUGAAAGAGAACAAGGAGCCCAAAGCAGUUUUGAGGAUAUCGGAACUAAACGUGGCUUUUGCACCGGCAAAGACUGGAAUUCAAAACAGCCUCCAAAUAUCAUUCAUGAAGGAUGGAACAACUAGACAUAUUUACGUUUAUCAUGAAGAACCGGAAGUCAUCACAAACUGGUACUUAGCUAUCAGAUGUGCAAAGCUCCACCGCCUUCAAAUCGCAUACCCAGGAACAUCUGAAUCUGAGCUCCUGAGUCAGCUAACAAGAGAUUUCGCUCGAGAGGGUUAUUUAUGGAAGACUGGGCCACGGCAGUCGGAUGCUUAUAAAAAAAGAUGGUUCACAUUGGACGGUCGAAAACUAAUGUACCACGAUGAUCCAAUGGAUGCGCAUCCAAAGGGUGAAAUUUUCUUGGGACAUGCAACAGAUGGUUUUGCUGUGAAGCAGGGUGUGCCAGCGGGUGCGAAAGACCAGGGCUUUUCCUUCACACUUGAAACUCCAGACAGAAGUUUUUUACUUUCCGCGCAAAGCGAUGAUGACAGAUCACAGUGGAUGAGCGUAAUUCAGCGGGUGAUCGACAAACCAUUGACGCCGCAAGACGCAGCAAUAGCAGCGCGGUUAGUGAGAAAACGCACAACUAGUGGUACGAUGAAUAUAUUUUCAUCAGUGAGGUAGGGUUGGGAUCCAUUAGGUAUUUGUCAUAAUUAGUAAAUACUGUUAUCUAGGAGAUCGAAUUAAACUAGUAAUAACACAAGUUACAACUCAUUGAAGUGACCUAUUAAAAUCAACCAGCUUUGCACUCGUUGAUUUGUCCCUUUAUGACAAGAUGAUAGCUUUGUGAGAAUGUGUACAUAGAAGAUCGACCUAACUUGAGAAAGAUCUCUGCGUAUUUUUUUUUUCUCCUCGACAGGUAUCACUGGUGCAUGUAAUUUAUAAAAUUCUCAAGACUGGCUAUGAAACUAGUUUUAAUAGGAUGUCGACGUUGUUUUAACCUGGAUACCAUUAUAACAAUUAAAAAAAAAAAAAUAUUUGCUAAAGUGCCAAUCUAUUUACACGCUUACUGCUUUCAACAUUAAAUCCAAUUAAAAGAAAAAAAAUAUAAGGAACAAAUUUGGCUCUGUUAUGAAACAAGCUACUAUGGCGAUGCAUUUACCUUACUUUCUAAAUGAUAUGAUCCUAUGUUUAUCAUAAGAUCCAAAAAGUGAUGACGUUUUUGAGAUAACUGGGUUUGAAAAACAAAACUAUGGAACAAAUUUUCGAAACUCUGCAACGUGUUAAUAGCGUAGACGAUCGUCACACCCCAUUGACAUUGAAAUGCUCAAUGUGAAACUGGUGUAAUAACUACGUCAUAAGUAUCAUAAAUUUUUAAUAAAUUAAGGAAAAUUAGUCAAUAGCAGACACUUUAUCAGUCACAAUUACCACUGAGUCGUAAAAACAAAAACAAAACAAAUACUAUGUCAAGUAAAAGUUUAUUACUUUUGAAAUUAGCAUACAUACAACUAUACACAUACUAUACAUACAUAUACUUAAUGUACAUAACUAUAUUCAUAUGUAUGUACAACUUAUCAUCGCUCACACAAUGCCAUUAAUUCAUAAUCCAAUGAAUCGGGUUGCAAAAUGUGCAACAAAUGCUACUAUAACAAUUAUUUUUACAAAACUAAACAGAUAGCCGCUUGACAUGUCCGGAUAGAUGAGAUAUAUGGUGGAAAUCGACAAAAGCAAAAAUCAAAGUAAUUUAUUCUCCUUUUUUUUCUUUCAUUUUUCACAUCCCGUGAUCAUCUCAUAACACGUUUGAAAUACCAAAGGUUUAAUUAAAUGUUAAUUCUCAAUCAUGUUCACUAUCACUCCACAUAAUUUAUGCUUAUUGUCUAUCUAUUGUCCAUAAACUUUUUACUUUUCCUCCUCUCAUGUUAAUUCAAAGAAUCUUUUGCUGUUGAUUUAUAACAAAUUUUUACAUUGCCACAAAAUGAGGCUUACUUCAAUUUAAAUUACGAGAGCUCAAUAAAAUCAUUCGACAAACUAGAAUUCAAUUCUUGAUAGAUAGAAUUAGCGAACUUAUUUUUAUGGAACGUAUGAAAAAUCUAGUACGAAAUGACAGAAGUUUUGUCGUUUAUUGUUCACAUCACCAAUCCUAUGAAGUGCAAUAAUCCGCUUUAUAUCUUGUCUUCAAAUGUGACUCUAUUAAUUAUUUUAAUGUCGGGCCUACGAUACUAUACAUUUUACUGCAGCCAUUAAUAUGCUAAUCUAUCGGUUAAGAUAAUAUGAGAGGGGGCGCAUGCAAUUCGAUUUUGUAAUUAUUAUUUCAAUGGCUUGCACUACAUAGGAUAUAGAACCAAUAAUCAAUGACUGAAAUAUUCUAAGAAAAAAAAAAGAAAUUGGAAUAUACAAAAAAAUAAAAUUA